GGCUUUUGCGGAUACAUAAUGGGGCACAGCCAACAUACCCAAAAGUGACCUGCAUUAUUGGCGAUUCUUCUGUACGGAGUAAGCCUGAGUCACCUUCAAUCCUUUCCCAUUACUCUGUACAGAGUACUUCUAAUCGUAAAGGAUUUACUUUCAGUCUUAGAUCCACUGGUUCGGUCAUGGCGCAGAAAAGAUGACUAUCCCCUUUUAGAAAUGCAUUUGGUUAGCCGAUAACAAGACUGACGUAGAGUGCGAAUACACCAGCAAAUAGCUAAACCUUAGCUGCGUCUCUUAGAGAUGUAAUCAACCUCAGGUCGGGGCACCCUUCACCCAUAGGAAUGGACAAGUGCAUGUGUCCGGGAGUUAAAUUUCCAAAAGAAAGUGACCAAGGCAUUGAAGGAAAUUAAUAUCUGCAUUUAAUUUUUAUCAUGGUCCACGGGCAUAAAUCCGAAGAGGGAGAAGGACUUUCAGAUCCAUGCGGCCAUAUUCCCGGUGGUGCUGGUUGAGUUGCCCGUGCUCAUUGGCCGGGGUCAAUCAAUGAAUGUCAUGGGGGUGGAUUUUCCCCGGGAAAUCCUGAGAUUACGGGGGAAUGGAAAGGGCCCGGUCACAGAAGAAGGCGUUGUUCUGAAACAGAGAAUUGUAGAUAUGGUAUCGAGUACGGAGUAAGCAUCGGAGGAUUAGCAGUUCGUCUGAUAAGGGUGUUGAUGACCUGAGAAAAUGACCUGGUAGAAACUCCCACCGGCCAAUCCAGAUGUAUCUGUGAAUGCCCGAUGAGCCCCCCGGACCCCCGAAAUCGGCUAGGGAAAGUGUGUGACUGAACGGCCGUCAGGUGAGGAUUUGGGCAAGGACCGGGAGUAGGGCCAAUUUGUUGGAGAAGGAGGACAGCGGGGGAAGAACGUACUGUAUCGUAGAGGAAAAGCUCCCAGCUUGGCCGUUGUCGGAAGGUUGCUGCUGACAAGCCUAAACCUGCACGGGCAUCUGGGCGGACAGCAUGUGGUAUUGCUCCGUGCCAGUAAUUUUACCCACCCGACGGUCGCCAAUAUUACAUAUUGAGUAUACGCUUGUAAUAAUGAAUGUCGGUGUUACGGUACUAAUGGUGAUCGUCCAACAGCCUGCAACUGAGGCAGCGUGGGAUAUGCAACUUUUAGUGACAGUCAGGGAAAAGUACACAAUACCUUCGGUAUUGCGGACGCCCAUCCAUUGCUCAGUGCACUUGGUGGUUGCAUGGUCUGAUAGCUUUAGUCACAGGCUGCGUAUACACUCUAGUUCUUGAUGUUUGUGAGAGAGUAGGGGCGACUAUGUCAUAUUUAAUCUCAUCAUAAUAGGAGAUACUGUGCUUAAGGCGUAAAUCAUCACCUAAUGGUGUCAUGAUCAUCGGAAUAGGCAACGAACUAUAGGGCG